GCUGAGUGGCUGAGUUAUAUUGAAGCCGUGCGUUUCUUGUGUUUUUAAAUACAGAGCUCCGUCUCACUACUGUGCAUUACACGUGUGGUAUUUAGAAAUAUAGACAUGUAUUUUAAAUACAAAAUGUUUUUGUACAUUGUAUAUUUAGUUUUACUUCCAACUGUUUUUUCACAAAUGUCAAGUGAAACAUCAACAUCUAGAAUUAGUGAAAGAUUGGAUAGAAUUGAAGAAAAUGAAGAAGACUUAAGAGCUGCAUUGCGUAAUUUACGAAAGGAUCUGAAAAAAGAAAUCGAUUUUUUAAUAGAGGACAUAUCUACGCUUUCUACCAGGCUUACGGGAUCUUCAGGACAGGUGGUAAGCCAUAACGAAGAACAAGUUUCUAAAACACAACAUGCGUCGUGUGAUUGUGGAGUUAUUGUGAGUCAAUAUGAAAAUUUAAUGAUGGCAUUUAAGAGAGAAAAAUCCGCAAAUAUAUUGCUUCGAAGGGAAUUUCACGAAAUGAGAAAACAACAUGAUUUUGAAAUCGGAAAUGUCAGCGAAAAGUUUAUUAACAUGGAUUCUAGAUUAAACAAUGCGGAAAAGACAUUACGUUUAGAAAUUGACACCAUUAAAAAUGAAAAAAUGGCGCAAUUACGUUCAGAAAUAAACACAAUUAAAGACGAAACGAAUGCAGAAUUUCAAGAAAUGAAAAAACAACAGGAUUUUGAAAUUGGAAAUACCAGCGAAAAAUGUAACAAAGUAGAAACAAGAUUAAUUAUUACGGAAAAGACAUUACGUUCAGAUAUUGACAACAUAAAAAAAGAAACCAUGGCGAUUAACCAUAGAUAUGCUGCGUGUCAAACAUAUAUAAAUAACACGCUUUCUAACUUCACCGACGUGAUCAUUCAUUUAAAUGAGUUAUUGAUGAACUGUUCAUUGAAUACAUUACAGGAAAUAUCUCGGAUAACAUCAGAUACUGCCAAACUUAAAACGUCGAAUGAAAUCUUGAAAAACAUAACAGAUAAUUUAAUUCGGCAUCCAAUUCUCAUCCCUUCUAAAUCCUGUGACAGUGUAGUUAAGAGUGGCGAAUAUACAAUAUAUCCCGAUGCGUUUCCACAUGGCGUGAACGUUUAUUGUAAUUUGGACUCCACGAACAAAGGGUGGAUAGUUGUACAGAGGAGAAACGACGGUUCAGUAGAUUUUAAUCGCACUUGGGCAGAUUACAAGUCUGGCUUCGGUGACAUAAGUGGUGAACUCUGGCUGGGUAAUGACCAUAUCUACCAGCUGACUAAGAACAAACCGAGACAGUUGAGGAUUGAGAUGGAGAUGUUCAAUGGAACAAAGCGAUAUGCGCUGUAUUCUGAGUUCAAUAUAUCAUCAGAGUCUGAGAAGUAUAAGCUCCAUCUGGCUGGAUACACUGGGGACGCAGGAGACUGUAUAUUAAUGGAUUGUUUUGGACAUGGUUAUGGUCUUCACAACGGUCGGCCGUUUUCAACUUUCGAUAGAGAUAAUGACCGAUACAGUGGUUGUUGUGCAUGCCGCUAUGGGGGAGGUUGGUGGUUUGAUGACUGUUUCAGCGCACAUCUUAACGGCAGCAGCUGAUGAUUCCGUCGGAAUAAAUCCGCAUCUAUUACUACGCACAUUGUUCUG